AUGGGUUCGGUCUCUCAGAUUGAUUUUGACUCGUCGGGCGAGAAGGUGGUCAGCCCAAGCAGCCUUGCGCACGUCGUCUUGCGGACCCGGACCGCCAACUUCGAAAAAAUGAUUGAAUUCUACACCACUUUUUUAGGUGGCACAGUGACUUACGGCAACAGCUUCCUCAGUUUCAUCACAUACGAUGAAGAGCACCACCGGAUCGCCAUUGCCGGACUUCCAGACACAGCACCCAAGCAGCCUGCCAGCUGCGGCCUGGAGCAUAUAGCAUUCUCGUACCCGACCCUGGCCGAUUUGCUUCUCGCUUACCGUCAACGCAAGGCCAGGGGGAUCUUACCGUUCUGGUCCAUAAACCAUGGACCGACUACGUCCUUAUACUACCGCGAUCCAGACGGUAACAAGCUGGAAACCCAGGUUGACAACUUCGACACGGCCAGGGAAGCCACUAUCUUCAUGGAAAGCAAAUACUUUGAUGAAAAUCCCAUUGGCACGGACUUUGAUCCCGAAGACUUGCUCUCACGGCUCAGGAAUGGCGAGUCUGAAAAGGAGCUGAAGCGUCGGAUAGAGAUCGGGCCACGCGGACCAGACGACUCCGGGAUUCUUAAGAACGAGACAGUGUAA